ACAAGACUUUGUAUAUGAUAGGGACGAAUAAGACUUGUACAUGAUGGGGACGCGCUUGAAGGUGCUUCGAGUGUUCAAAGAUCUCCACAAAACACGAAGAGAUGUAUUUAAAGAUGAUGGCAGAGCUCUGACAGCUGCCAGGUUAAAAAUAAAUGAUGAAUUUAAAAGAAACAAGAAUGAAACUUCAGAAGAAAAUAUUAAAGAGAUGCUUAAAAUGGCCCGAGCAGUUGAGACUAUCCUUCGUGAAAGUGUAAUACAGGCAGAGCAUGUGGAGGAAAAUAAAAUUUUGUUGCGGCCCCGGAAGAGUCUACUGCUAGAAAAUGUACCUUACUGUGAUUCACCCAGGACAAAGACAUGACCUGAAGGAUUUACAGUCACUGACACUCUUUAUUUUGCUUAACUUUGUCAUUUUAUAUUCCACAAAGAUCUCCAAUAUUGAAUAAAUAGCAUGUUAAUGCCCAAUAUUCAUGCAUAUUACAUUUCCACUGAAAGAUCACAGCUAUGGAGGGCCAAAUUACUCAAAAUUAAACCAUUAAAUAAAUAUUUAAAUAAACUAUUAAAUGCAGAAUGAAAUGGUUAAAACUACAGAUUCAAUACAUUGUCAUUAAAUCACUAAAUCAAUAAAUGUCAUACUAAAACUUAAUGCCUUUUCAUU